UUAGUUAGUAGCGGACUGCAGGCCGCCGCGCAGCUGCCACGGCUAGAGAGGCUCGACCCCGGCGCCCCGAACCAAGACGCAGCGUGCCAAUCUCGUGCUGCCCGACACCAGUGCUCAAAAAAGUGUCACUCGACUGGAUUUUUGUUUUCGGCGCGACAUGUGCCCACAUGGUGCUGCAGCGGCCGCAGACUGUUGAGCACCCCCGCCAUGGAUUACCCCAACCCCACCAUGCUGCGGUGACAGUGCCCCGAUUUCGAUUCGCCACUUUAGACUGUUAGAUUGAAGCGGCCAUUUGCGGAGGUUGUGACCCUGUGGCCUCUGGUGGGAGCGUCUAAGCGCAUCUCUUUCUCUGCAAUCAUCACUUACUGCACUUCUUCUUCAACUGCUGCUGAUUAUCCACCUGGACUGCAACGACAGAGACAAUCAGUCGAAAUUAACCAAGACAUGAGAAGUGGGCCGGCUAGGAUCGAGUUUCUUAAUUUUCCGUUUUAUUCCAUUUCUUUGGCUCUCAUAGUCCUUGGAUCUGCGGCGACCGCGGCUGAGGACGUUCACGAUUGGUGCUGCUAAUAUGGCGGAGACUGCAGUGACGUCAGCGUUACACCUGAACAACAACAGCCCGAACGCAACCAACAACAACCCGGUCAACUUCAAAAGCGGCAAGCACAAGCUGAAGCGGAAAUGCCUGAACCAGGUCGUUGAUAAGCUGAGCAAGGUGGGCAAACCGUCGCCGCCGCACAGCCCGACCAACAACAACAACAACUACAGACCCAACAACUACAAGAAGCUGAACCUGCUGAACCAUGACGAGGACCUGGUGAGGAGUCACAUGUACCAGGAACUGAUCAAGAAAGAGAAGCUAAUUAUGAUGGCGCCGUCCAGCGCCGACAAGAAGCACGAGACGCCAGCCUCCAAGAUCAGGAGUCCGCCGCGCAAAAACGAGAUCUUCCGCUUUGAUAGCGUCGACCGGGAGCGCUACUCUCAAGGCCAGUGCGGCCGCAUUGACGAGGAGGAGCCCUUGGAGGACGUCUUCAGCCCGGCGUCGUCGACCAAGACUCCAUCCUUGGCUGUCAAGGAAGAGCCGGUCGACUCCAAGCACCACCUCCAUCGCUACCCUGGCUGCGCGUGCGCGCACUGCACGCCCCUGGAGAUCAGUCCCAUGGACCGGUUCUUCCCGCUCGGCCUGAGCGGCAUCCCGGCCUCACCGGUGUCUCCCUUGGCGCCGUGCACCCCCGGUGGCAACCUGCCCAUCACGCCGUCGCCCAUCUACAACCUUGAGUACCUCCAUUCCAAGUACCUGCUCUCCUCGGAGUACUCGAAGAGACGCAGCCAUUCCGACUCGGACAUCCCCCUGUGGUUCGAGGGCGCCUCUUUGGCCAUUUCCUUGGGCGCCGAGCACACUGCGGGGACAACCACCCUUUCCACCAGCAGCAGUGGUGCUCGAAAGCAGCACCGACACCACCGGACGGCCAAACCGCCCCUCAAAGGUGGCUCCCUCGAGUCCGAGUCAUCGCAAGACUCGCCCUUGGACUUGUCAGUGCGCGGCUCCUCUCGUUCCAUCAGCACCUCCUCCUCAGAAUCGGUGUUCCUGUCGCGCCUGCGAGGGCAACAGGCGCCGCCAACGCCUCCCACGCCGCCGCAGUCGGCGUCGACGGCCGGCUCCCCCUCACCUUUGGCUCCGACGACGCCGACUCCGCCGCCAGCCACCCCAACUCCAACCGCCACCUACCUGCCUCGAAGUCUGGUGCCGGUGCCGGUUGUCAGGGGAGACGUCGCCUCCCCCACCACCAAGGAGUCGGUGGCCGUCAGGUACAACCUUGAAGUGUCUCCCGUGGUGGAGGAGAUGCCGCCCGGCUCGGACGUCGCCUACGUUUGUCCCAUCUGCGGGCAGAUGUUCAGUCUGCACGACCGCCUGGCCAAGCACAUGGCGUCCAGACACAAGAGCAAGCAGCAGUCUGAGCAGACGACCAAGGCGUACCUGUGCGAGGUUUGCCAAAGGUCAUUCGCCCGCAGUGACAUGCUGACGAGACACAUGCGACUCCACACAGGCAUCAAACCGUACACGUGUCGCGUCUGCGGCCAGGUCUUCUCGCGCUCGGAUCACUUGUCCACGCAUCAGCGCACCCACACAGGCGAAAAGCCGUACCGGUGCCCGCAGUGUCCGUACGCCGCCUGCCGACGAGACAUGAUCACCAGACACAUGCGUACGCACGCCAGGUACGAGACCGGUGGCGGACCGCCACCCUCGGUGCUGCCCGAUGGCACCAACAGCAGCGUCAGCGGCGGCUCGCCGGCGCCUCUGUCGCCCUCGCUGGCGCUCAGUUCGCUCUCUGUGCACUCGCCGUCGCCCGCCUCGCCACCCGAGCCCAUGGACAACGACUGAGAGACUCGAUUUGUUCGGAACUUCCAGGGUUCUGAAUUCGGACAAAUAUGAAGUGCAGUGGUUUCAUUUAUUAAUUAAUUUUUUUUUAAAUUAUUGUUUGAUGUAAAGAAAAAAAAUCUCGAUUGACCAUUCCUGAAUUGAGAACAAAAAGGAAACUGAUUGAUAUUCUCGUAAUUUUUUUUUUUUUGUGUUUCUUAAAAACAGACGUUUAAAUUCUUAAAUCAAAUUAAUCAAAGAAUGCUUUGGUCCACCUGCGUGCGAUCACUUUGCCAACUACUCUACCCCAAAAGUUGUUGCGUCACGGACUCGGUGACCCAGUAUUAUGCAGGACGACGUGCUGUCUGAGCCGACAUAUAAAAAGCGGCGGCUGAUGUGAAAUUCAGCUCGGUUCCCAUGCGUAGAGCAGUUCGGGUUUUUUUAUCUCGCGAAGUGGUCGCGCUCGGUGAACUCGCCGAUUCUUUUUUUUUUUACUAAAAAUUAUAAGCUGAACAAUUUUUUAACAGCGAACAAAAAUUGCAAACACAGGUGCCAAAUAUUGUUGUGGCCAGUUGAAAAGAAAACGGAAAAGAUUUUUAAGCUUUUUUUUUUAUCUAUAUCCCUCAAUUUGGAAAGUGCCAGUAAGAAACGACAAUUUUUUCUUCAGUUAGCGAAUCUCGUGAAAAGUUGCUCUCAGAAAAGCCAUACAAUUUUUUUUCAUGCAUUUCGAAAAGUAGUAGCAAAUAUAAUAUGAGGUGUAAUGGAAAACCCGACUUUCACUGGAUUCUAGUCUUGAUCACAUUCACACAUAAACACACCACACACGAACGCGAAAAUCACAUCCACAUGUAAUUUAUUUGUAGAAUGAUAAAUUAAUAAGUCCAUUAAAUUAUUGCUUCAUGUACAGGUACGUCGUAUAUAAAUAUUAUUUGUUGUUUUUCUUUUUAUUCCAUCUUUUUCUCUCUUGGGUAUGUAAUUAAUCGCGCGCCGUUUUCCUUCUUUGCGUGUGUCAUCGCCGGCUGAUUUAUCACUUGUACAGGGCAUUAUUAAUUGAGAACAAUAUAUGCAACUGCACUCGUAAAACUCCCUCUAAAUUUUUGCAAUUCACGAGAGUUGAAAUUUUAAAGAUGAUGUUAAUCGUUGCCACAUUUUCAUCUGAUAGUUAAUUAAUAAUAGCGAGUGUUUAUAUAUCUCUUUCUCUAUCUCUCUCCCUCUUUCAAAUUUGACGCGAAAUUUAAAUGCUUUAAAAUUCAUAUCACUCUACAUAACUUACUAAUAAUCUAGUAAAAUUAUAAUAAUGUUAAAAUGGUAUAAUAUGAAGGAAAAAACGCUCUCU